ACUGUACUUUUAACGAACAGGCAUGCAACUAUCACUUUCCGCGCUGUGUGCCAUCAGUGCAUUUUUGGUCAUCAAAGCUGAUGAAGAAGUGCCUCUGCGUCCUGAGUUGAGGCGCUGUAAUAGAAAUGCCGAAGAUUUCUCUUCAUGUCUGAGGCUUGCCAUUGAGGAAGGAUGGCCGACUAUUGUCAAAGGAAUUCCUGAACUUGAAAUUCCACAAUUGGAUCCCUUUGUGAUCAACUCAAUAGAACAGGAAUUUCAUAACGGUAUCUUGCGUGGAAAGAUGACAGUGAAGAAUUCCAAGACUUUUGGUGCUUCUGGCCAUCGAUUUCGGUCAGUGAAGGCUCAUCUUGAGGGAGAUCGAUUUAAUAUCGAAAUGGACGUGACAGUGCCAAAAAUUCUGCUCGAGGGUGACUACAAGGGAGAUGGAUUUAUCAGUGCUUUCAAGAUCGGUGGAAAAGGUAAAUUCAAUGUUACCAUGGAAGGAAUCAGGACGUAUUUUGGCCUCGAAGGACGCGUAGAGAAUGAUAGAUGGGUCAUUGAGCAUUUCAAAGUUCUGCCUGAAAUUUCGAAUAUGCACAUCUGGUUUAGUGACUUUUUCAAUGGAAAUCAAGACCUCAAUAAAGCAGCCCUCAUCUUCAGCAAUCAGUACUGGCCUCUACUCUACCGAGGAAUGUUACCUUAUGUAUCACAAUACAUGGACAACUACUUGACUGAAUUCGCCAACCGCAUAUUCUCAAAGCUGUCGUUUUCAAAUACGUUUCCUAGUUAAAAUUAGUGUUAAUCACUUUUCUUUUAUAGUUGUUUUUGUAAACCUGAAAUUCCGAAACUAUUUAAAAAAUGUAUUUUGUUUCGAGUCAACUGAAAUCUCUGUUAUGCUUAACCCAGUGUUAAUUUCUCUAUGUUAAAAAUCUAUUUCAAAAGGAAUUUCAGACAAAAAGUUAACUCAAAACGAAAAUUUUAAUUUUAUAAAAAUACAUCUUUUACAUUCCACUUUGAAUAUCACAACGAAGCAUUAUAGAUAUUUCCACAGCACCGCAAAUGAAUAUUCAAUCAUCUUUGUAAUUUAUAAUUUAUUAAUUUCUUUUCAAGUAUUAUAUUCAUGUAUGUUUUCGAAUAAAUUUGUUCCACUAUUUU